CUCGCCGCCGGUCACUUGUGUCGUUACUGUACAUUGUACUUAUAUUCUCGACAUUUCUAUAGAAGUGCUUAUGUUGUGGCUUGAUUUCUCGAGCACAUUUCAUAAAGUUUUGAAAAUAUUUUGUGGUUUUUAGUACAAUAAACUCAAAAUAUGUCUUCAUACGACCAAUUGUACCCGAACUGCGAUCCCGACGUGUGGCUGCGAUCCUGCGAGCUGGAGGUCGAGAAACCAAUCGAGGGAGAGAUUACAGGUGAAAUGCCUUCUUGGCUACGAGGUACCUUGCUACGCAACGGACCCGGUUCCCUCAAAGUUGGCUCUACGCGGUUUGAGCAUUUGUUUGACAGCGCUUCACUUUUGCACAGGUUCGCAAUCCAAGAUGGUAUAGUCACGUACCAAUGCCGGUUUCUACGUUCCAACACGUUCAACAAGAACCGCGCCGCCAACCGCAUUGUCGUCACUGAGUUCGGCACUAAAGCUGUACCUGAUCCUUGCCAUACGAUUUUUGAUAGGUUAGCUGCAGUUUUCAAUCCAGGGGAGGCUAUGUCAGACAACGCUAUGAUAUCAAUUUAUCCGUUUGGAGACGAGAUCUACGCCUUUACAGAAACACCAGUGAUACAUAGAAUAGACCCAAUAACCCUGGAUACACUAGAACGGAAAAAUCUUGCAGACUCGAUCGCCAUUGUUAACCACACGGCUCAUCCACACGUUAUGCCAAACGGUGAUGUUUAUAACGUUGGAAUGUCUCUCGUUAAAUGCAGAAUUCGUCAUGUUGUUGUCAAGUUCCCAUUCAAUGAGAAAGGUGAUAUGUUCCAAAGAGCUCAUAUAGUUGGUCACAUGAAACCUCGAUGGGAAUUGCAUCCUGCCUAUAUGCAUACCUUUGGAAUAACAGAAAACUACUUCGUAAUAGUGGAGCAGCCGUUAUCGGUGUCGUUACUGGGCGUGGUGAAAAACCAGCUGGCCGAUGCACCUCUCAUCAAUAGCUUAAAGUGGAACCCUGAACAUGAAACGCAAAUAGUUCUUAUCAGCCGUAAAACGGGAGAAGAAGUGAAGCGAUACCGGACAGAGACGCUCUUCUAUCUGCACAUCAUUAACACCUUCGAGCAGGAUGGCAAGCUGGUGGUCGAUCUAUGCGCGUAUAAAGACGCUAAGGCACUGGAUGCCAUGUACAUACAGUCUAUUGAGACGAUGCAAAGUAACGCGAACUACGCAGACUGGUUCCGAGGUCGACCAAAGAGGAUCGAAAUACUCUUGGACGCACCUCAAUUUACCCAUUUUGACGCCACUGUAUUAGUAGAUUAUGGCUGCGAGACACCUAGGAUUCAUUAUGAUCUUUAUAACGGUCGGCCAUACAGAUAUUUUUACGCCAUCAGUUCGGAAGUGGAUGUAAGUCCUGGCUCGUUGAUCAAAGUGGACACGAUGACCGGAGAAGUAAAAACUUGGAGCAAUGUAAAUUGCUAUCCUAGUGAACCUAUAUUUGUGCCGGCACCUAAUGCUAAGGAAGAAGAUGAGGGCGUAUUGUUGAGCGCUUUGGUGUGGGGCAGCAAUCGGCAGCGGGCUGUCGCGCUGCUGGUGCUGGACGCGCGUUCCAUGCGCGAGGUGGCUCGCGCAGAGUUCAUCACGCCAUCGCCAGCGCCCAAGUGCCUUCACGGCUGGUUCCUGCCUGAGCGCGCCUAAACCUUGACUCUCGAUGUCCGUUAAACAAUUCAAAAUAAUUAACAAAAGGACAUAUAACUCGAGAGAACAAGAUUGUUAAGUGUAGUCAAAGUGAUAACAUAGUGAUAUUUGACAUUAAAAUAGUUCCAAUGUGACCAUUUUAAAAGAUACAGGAUGCCUCAAUUAAAAAAUAUAACUGUGAAAUGAAAUGAAGGAAAAACAUAACAAAAUUUUUAAAACAAUCAAUUCUAUCAUAGGUUUAAUAAUAGUAACUAUUUCAUUGAAAAUUAAACCGACCUCAAAAGUUUGCUUAACGGCUUUCUCCGAUUUCCAUGGGAUCCC